AGUACAAAAGGAAGCCAAACUUCACCCAAUGCCAACCCACUUUCAAUUCCAAUCUCCAAGUUCCACAAUGGAAGGCAUAGAGCACAGAACCGUGAGAGUCAAUGGAAUCAAUAUGCACAUAGCUGAAAAGGGUGAAGGCCCCAUAAUCCUCUUCCUCCAUGGCUUCCCAGAGCUGUGGUACACAUGGCGCCACCAGAUCCAUGCGUUCGCCGCCCUCGGCUACCACUGUGUCGCUCCAGACCUACGUGGCUACGGCGACACAGAUGCCCCACAGUCCCCAAUGAGCUAUACGUGUUUUCAUGUCGUUGGGGACUUGGUGGCACUUAUAGACUCGAUGGGCGGUGAGGCGGUAUACCUGGUGGCCCAUGACUGGGGUGCCAUGAUUGGGUGGUAUUUGUGCAUGUUUAGGCCUGAAAAGGUGAAGGCUUAUGCGUGCAUAUCGGUGCCGUACCGGCCUAGGCAUCCGAAGAUGAAGCCCAUUGAAACCAUGAAAACUUUCUUUGGUGAAGAUUAUUAUAUGUGCAGGUUUCAGGAAGCUGGAGUUAUGGAGGAUGAGAUAAAAAGCUAUGAAACAGCAGAAGUGCUUAAAAAGAUUCUAACAGAUAGGACACCAGGACCACCUUGCUUGCCUAAAUCGGAUCCAUUUGGAUUGAAAGCUUUGGAUGGUCCAUUGCCAUUGCCUCCUUGGUUAUCCGAAGAGGACCUUAAGUAUAACGUUGACAAGUUUGAUCAAACCGGCUUCUCAGGCGGCUUGAACUAUUACCGCGCGUUGGAUCUGAAUUGGGAGCUCACUGCGGCAUGGACCGGGGCACAAGUGAAUUUACCCGUGAUAUAUGUAGUUGGAGAUGAGGACAUGGUGUAUACAACACCAGGGUUAAAAGAGUAUGUGCACGGUGGUGGGUUCAAGAAAGAUGUGCCAUUGCUUCAAGACAUUGUGGUUAUGGAAGGUGUUGGUCACUUUCUCAACCAAGAAAAGCCAAAAGAAGCCACCACUAUCAUUCAUGAUUUCAUUAAGAAGUUUUAAUUAACCACCAAAUUGCUACUGCUUUAUGUACUCUCAUAUAUGGUUUGGAAUCAAGUCAAAGGUUAUGUUAUCUUAGUUAAGUUUGUAUACUUGAUCUAGGAGUAUUAGCAAUUUCUUUGAACAUUAUGAGAGAUUAUCUUUAAGGUGUUUGUCAUUUGAGUGGCUUCUUGAUCUAAUUCAAACUUUCAAAGAUGAAAGUAUGUUUCGAUA